AGCUAGAUUAGAUUGAUUUCUCGCAGAUGUAAGAAAUUUUGACGGAUAGAAGAACCGCAAAAGGUUUUGAGUCUCAGUCUUGCCGCCUCCUCCUGAUCCGUUCAGAGGAAUCGUGCGACUAGGAAUGCAUGAACCAUACUUUGUCAACGGCGCUGAUUGAACCUAGAAAAUCAUCCGGAUAAGGCACCUGGAAACGUAUGCGCGCAGGGGGACGACGAGCCAAGCGGCCGAGCCCUGUCUGAACCAAGCCAAGCUAGCCAUGGCGAUGGGUGCUGCGGCGACCGCGGCGGCCGCCUGCUUCUCCUCAGGCGUCGUCUCUCGCUCCCGCGUGAGGGCGCAGGCGACGUCGUGGGCCGGAGGGGCGGAGGAGCUGGUGCGUUCGGGCAAAGUGAGGCCCGUCCGGCCCAGGGAAGCUGCGGGGGUGAUGGGCGCCGAGGGGUUCCGGCUGCUGGACGUCCGGCCGGCCUGGGAGCACGGGCGGGCCGCCGUCCGGGGCUCGGCCCACGUGCCGCUGUUCGUGGCCGACGACGACAUGGGCCCCGUGACGCUGCUCAAGAAGUGGGUCCACCUGGGCUACAUCGGGCUCUGGACCGGGCAGUCCUUCACCAAGAUGAACGACCGCUUCCUCGACGACGUCGCCGCCGCCGUCGCCGGGAAGGACGCCAAGCUGCUCGUCGCUUGCGGCGAAGGCCUCAGGUCGCUGAUAGCGGUGAGGAUGCUGCACGACGACGGGUACAAGAACGUGGGGUGGCUCGCCGGGGGGUUCAGCAAGUCCGUCGACGGAGACUUCCCGGACGAGGAGGGGGAGAGCAAGCUCCGCUACGCCACCAUCGGGGGAGUAUCCUACAUCUUCCUCCAGAUCCUGCUGCUGCUGCAGGUGGUAAAGUGACAAACUGCAGUCCUGGACGCAAUGGCCCACGGAGCCACGCCCGCGCGCUGCUCCAAGCUUCUCCAUCCAGUUUUCGCUCGGCCUUUUGAUUUGGUUAAUUUGUUUUGCUUGAGUAGAGUAUUGUAUGAUAGAUCAGUAGUUGCAAAGUUCCAAUUCAGUUUCAGCAUGCAUCUCUGCCCUUCGGCCGACUAUGGAUUACGUUACAUUGGCACGAUGGAUAACAUAAUCAAAUCAAUCAUCGAGUAGUUUUUUUUUUC